CACCUUUUUCAUAGUCUCUUCGCAACACGAACGAGCGCUCCUCGACUCGACAUAUUGACAGUAACCAUCACAAUGUGGUCCUAUAAGCGCGUGAAUAUCCUCACGUUGGUCGCUGGUGUCGCACUGCUCGUUGCGUCCACGCCAAUCUUGGCGUCGGCGGCGACGUCCCGCGUGGAAUUUCCGUCCGACUGGACGACGCCCUUAUCCGAAGGAGACAGGGUUCCGGAGGUCACCUUUCUCACGCGGAGUCGCGUGGAAUCGAACGAUCCGAACCCGUUCGACUGGAAGUUGCGUACGACGGAUGACUACUUCAAAGGCAAGCGGGUAGUGGUCUUUGCGAUUCCGGGAGCCUUUACCCCCACCUGCUCGUCCACGCAUUUGCCCGGAUACGAGGCAGCUUACGACAAAAUUCGUCAACAAGGAGUAGACGAUGUGUACUGUUUGUCGGUCAAUGACGCCUUCGUCAUGCGCCAGUGGGGUUUGCACCAGGGUUUGACGGAAGACAAAACCGUUGGUGGCUUGGGUUUUACCAAGGUCAAAUUGAUUCCUGACGGUGCCGCGGCCUUUACCCGAGGCAUGGGCAUGUCCACACUGUGGGACGUGGAACGAGGCUUUGGCGAACGCUCCUGGCGUUACAGUAUGGUCGUCAACGACGGUGUCAUUGAGAAACUCUUUGUGGAACAACCGCUUUUGCAAAAUUCUGGACCCGAUCCGUUCGAAGUCAGUGACGCCGACACCAUGCUCGCGUAUUUGCAGCAAAAAACGGAGCUUUGA